AUGGACUUGGUCCAGUCUGUGCGCAAAGAUGGCUCGAGGGGCUCUCGAGCCAUCGGCCAGAAUGUCGACGUCGAAAACAUCCGCAACUCGACCCACCGCGAGAAUUUCCUUGGCCAUUCCAUCCUAGCUCCUGUCGGCCGUUCCGAGCGCCGCCGCGACCCCAAUUUCUGGAUGCGCGGUGGAAUGACGGACGAGGACCAGGACGCUCUUAAGAAGGAGAUCAAAGAGGUCCAAGUGAAGGAGCGCAUGCUCCUGAAUGAGAAGCUCGGACGUCCGCCCAAUGAGGGCAUCGAUGACAUCCUCAACCCCAAGCCGCCUGCGCCUAUUGCAGCUCCUGCCACCGUCCCCGUCACCAAGGAUGGUAAGAGCAAGGAGCGCAAGCACAAGCACCACCACCGUCGUCACCACCGUUCGCGCUCCCGCUCGCCCCGCCAUCGUCAUCAUAGGAGCUACCGCGAGCGUAGCCGCUCCCACGAGGGUCGUCGCCGUCACCACGACCGCGACCGCAGCCGCUCACCCGAGCGUCGCCACCGUCACCGCGAUCCCGAGCGCGAGCGCUACCGUAGCCGUUCGCGUGACCGUCACCACCGUCACCGUGACGGCGAGCGUGAGCGUGAGCGCGAGCGCGAGACGAGCAAGCACUCUUACCGUCCCCGCCACCAUGACAGCGACCACGGACGUGAGCGCAGCCCGUCCGGCGAGCACCACUACCGCCGCCGUGACAGUGACCGUGGACGCGAGCGUAGCCCGUCCGGCGAGCAGCACUACUACCGUCCCCAGGACAGCGAGCGUGACCGCCCGGUCAGCCGCCGUGGCAGCUCUUCUUCUCACUACUAA